CUGUCGUACUGCAGCCAAAUUCUUUCCUUUCCUCCUUCUCUCCCACCCUUUCUCCCACCCAAAACCAUCCAAUUCUCUAUGAUACACGCAAAAAAAAUAAGAGUCCGAUCGAAACCAGAAUAAAUCAUGGGCCAGUCAUCAAGCAGCGGGAGGAGGAGAGACGAUUAUUACUUCCACUCCUCCUCCUCCUCCUCCUCCUCCCAAAUCCCUCCUCCGCCUCCUCCUCCGCCUCCUCCUCCGAUCCCUUCCGGCUCCUCUCACGCUCCCCCACCGCCCAAUUAUGCCUACUGCUCGCCUUCUCGCCCCAAUUAUUCCACCCCAUUUCCCACGCCUGCUCCUCCUCCUCCUUAUGCCAAUUCAUCCUCCUACUACAGGACACCCAGCAAUUCGUUCGGGAGUUUGGUGCCCUGGAGUCGAACCCCUUACCGCCCCUCGUAUUAUUGCCCCAAUCCGAACCCCGGGUGGCGAUUCGCUCCCCCCUCCUCUUCCGCGGCGGCGAUGGCUCACCCGCCGCCGCAUGUAGAGCAUCAGAAGGCGAAAACCGUGAAGAAUGAUAUUAAUCUGCGUAAGGAUUCGAUCCGGCUGGUGGUUGAUGAUCAAAAACCAGAUCAGCAUCUGGUCUCCUUCACCUUCGAUGCCGUGGUUGAUGGGAGUGUCACUAUAUAUUACUUUGCAAAGGAAGGAGCCAAUUGUAUUUUCUCUCCAAUAUAUCCAGAUAUUUACACACCCAGGAAGGUAGCUUUUCAAAAAGGAUUAGGCCAGAAAUUCAUCCAGCCUUCAGGAUCUGGUAUUGAUUUGGGAUUCUUCGAAUUAGAUGAUCUUUCAAGACCGCAAGGUGGGGAUGUCUUCCCACUUGUUGUUUAUGCCGAAGCUUGCCCACCACCUCUAUCCACAUAUGAACAGGUUGGUCAGUCAACAGCUGCUGCUAAUGCACAGAUUACUCAAGCUGUCAUAGAGAAGAAUAAUAAUGGGUCUUUUCAAGUUAAGGUAAUUAAGCAGAUCUUAUGGGCUGAGAAUGAGCGGUAUGAGUUGCAAGAAAUAUAUGGUAUUGCAAACUCAGUUAAAACAGAAAUUGGUGGUGAUAAUUCCGAAGAUGUGGGGAAAGAAUGCGUAAUUUGCAUGUCUGAGCCAAGAGAUACUACCGUAUUGCCCUGUAGGCAUAUGUGUAUGUGCAGCGACUGUGCAAAAGAAUUAACCCGUCAAUCAAAUAAAUGUCCAAUAUGUCGCCAGCCUGUUGAAAAACUAAUGGAGAUUAAGGUGAACAGUGCUAACCAGUGAAUCAUUGUAACAUCAUGUGAGGCCUGCUGGUAUGCUGGAUUCUACAGUUUUUUUUUUUUUUAAUUUGUGCAUAUUUAUGUUAAAUAAAAUUGUCCUUACUCUUGUAUAAUGAUGUACUGUAAAAUUUCCAAUGUACGUUGUGGAGUUGGCAUUUUAAUUAAUUGAAUGCAUAUACACCCAUGAAGGUAGUGUAGCUUCUA